AUAGAACAGUUCUUCAAGGAAAAUGCAGGCUGCCACGAUUGGAUUGCUCUCUUCUUCAACUUCAUCACUCAACUCAGUGAAAAACCUUAAUCUCUGCUUUCCAUUUCCUCAGCUAAAUAACACAUUGUUGUCCCAAUUUCCCUCUAAUUCCACAUUCUCCCUCGUAAACCUCAACAAUUACAUUAACAAGAAGAAUUCUUUCACAGCGAUCCCCACUCCCGUAUCUGCAACAAUGUCAUCUUCUUCCUUCAAGCCUGAAGAAUCUAGGGUCCCUCCAGCUCUUCCCUUGCCCACACCUCCACUCACCAAGUUCAAGAUUGCUCUCUGCCAGUUGUCAGUUACUGCUGACAAAGAGAGAAACAUUGCUCAUGCUCGAAAGGCGAUUGAGGAGGCCGCAGAAAAGGGUGCUCAGCUUGUUCUUCUUCCUGAAAUUUGGAAUAGUCCAUAUUCGAACGAUAGUUUUCCAGUAUAUGCAGAGGAUAUUGAUGUUGGAGGCGAUGCAUCUCCUUCAGCUUCAAUGUUGUCUGAACUUGCUGGGACUCUACAGAUCACAAUAGUCGGUGGUUCCAUACCUGAGCGUAGUGGUGAUAGGUUGUAUAAUACCUGUUGUGUAUUUGGUACUGAUGGAAAGCUUAAGGCCAAACACAGGAAGAUACAUCUUUUUGAUAUUGAUAUUCCGGGCAAUAUUACCUUUAAGGAAUCAAAGACUCUUACAGCAGGGGAGACUGCAACUAUUGUGGACACAGAUGUAGGGCGUAUUGGUAUUGGUAUAUGCUACGACAUUCGCUUCCAAGAACUAGCAGCAAUAUAUGCUGCAAGAGGUGCUCACUUGCUCUGUUAUCCUGGGGCAUUCAACAUGACUACUGGUCCAUUACAUUGGGAGCUAUUGCAGAGGGCAAGGGCAGCGGAUUGCCAGUUGUAUGUGGCAACUUGUUCACCUGCUCGAGAUUCUGGCGCUGGUUAUGUGGCUUGGGGACACUCUACGCUUGUUGGACCGUAUGGUGAAGUACUCGCAACAACAGAGCACGAUGAGGCAAUAGUCAUCGCAGAGAUUGAUUAUUCGUUAAUUGACCUUAGAAGAACAUACCUUCCAUUUCAGAAGCAGAGGCGGGGUGAUUUGUACCAGUUGGUUGAUGUUCAGAGGCUAAACUCCGCAAAAACUCAUUAAGGAAUAUUGAGUAACAACCAAGGGAUGCAAGUCUAGGGUUAUGUAAUACAAGUCUAGUCCUGGAAGCACAAAGCAAUAGGGUGGCCGGGCCGCCUUUUUGUAAGGAGUGUUAGCCGAGCAAUUUUGGCAUGCUGAAGCUUUAUAAGAUUUUGAUUAUCAUAGGCUCGAGUUUUCGAUUGUCUGGAUUCUUGCUAAGUUUGGUCUCUACACCGUAUGUUCAAGUUUGUCUUACCACGGCUUGUUUUUGUACUAAAGCUUGAAUUCGAACACACAGACUAGUAAAUUUGAAGAAUGCAUGCAAAUCAUGUUGCGAUUUCAAAUUAAG